AUGGGAAACGCUCAGGGCGGGAGCGACAGCGCGGUCCUUCGGCAAGUUCAGUCUGAGUCGCUUCCGUGUGGUCCGCGGCGCCUCUCUUCUGGCCGCGACCCGUCAACGGCCGACCAGCCUGCGCCGUCUGGUCUCGCGAGCGCUGCACUCGCAGCCUUCGGAGCUUUCCAGAGACCGAGAGGAAGCCGAGACAGAGCAGAACGAAGCAUCGCACAGCAUGCUGGCUCAACCAUGUACAGACGACUUGAGCGCGAGAGAGUGCAGCUGCUUCGCGAUGCCUUCGAAGGGUUGAUUUUCCUCGCCCCUCAAGAGUACCGGAAUCUUCCUGCUUGCGCCGAGGGCGACAGCGCACCUCCCGCCUCAUCUUCGUCUCCCUCUGACGCGUCUUCUGCGCGCCAGAGAGUUCUACGAGUGCUGCCUUCCCAUCUCACCGAUUAUUCCAUGCUCGAGACGAAUUACGAUGGAUUCGUCUGGUACAUUGCUCUCGAGGGCGCUCCCGGCACGCUGUAUGACAAGGAAGUCUUUCUUCUUCGCUUCCGGUUUUCGCCCAAAUAUCCGAUAGAGGCUCCGGAAGUCACGUUCGUGCCGCCGUUCCUGCCGGUGCAUCCGCACGUCUACUCGAACGGACACAUUUGUCUCUCGAUCUUGUACGACUCUUGGUCUCCUGCGCUGGGCGUCAGCAGCUGCGGCAUGUCGCUCCUCUCCAUGGUCUCAAGUUGCCGCGAGAAGCAACGGCCGGCAGACGACGAUGCGUACUGCAAAUUCUGGGGGGCAAAGAGCCCCAAAAACGUCAAGUGGGUCUUCCACGACGACCGGAUCUGA